GUCAUCUGUCAAUGUGAUGAACUUGUCUCUUGCUUUUCUGUCACCUUUAUUAUUUUCCAGUUUUAAAUCCAUUUUUUAUUAUCUCGAACAAAAGUGGUAAAACAUCGUGCGUAAAACAUGUCUGCACAUUUAUCUGCAAUAGAUCUCCUCAAAUUGGGAGAUGAGGAUAGGAAGAAACCCUUUUUAAACUUAUAUUGGCCAUAUUUAAUUGGAGCUACUUUUGGAGUUGGGACGGGAGUUAUGAUUAAUUUUGGAACAAGACGACCGGUCUUUAGUGGUAUUCAAAAACACAUCUUUGGUGUGGUCGGAUGGUGUGCCCUAUUAAAUUACGUUCAGAAUAAACGAGAUGAAUAUUUUGCUGAAAAGGACGCUGUCUAUCGUCAUUACGUGGAAUUACAUCCCGAAGAUUUCCCUAUUCCAGAGAGAAAAAAACUAGCCGAUGUUUUUGAGCCCUGGGUACCUAUCAGGUAAAUGGGAGAUAUAUUGCAAUGUUAACUUGAAGAUUCAGUUAAAGCUUAAUUUAUAUGCUCAGUGGCAAUGUAAACAUGUUAUUAGUCAAUAAAGUAUAGAUAAUAUGUU